AUUACUGUGUCUAAAGUUUCUUUUAUUACGUAUCAUUUUUGUCAAGGGGACAGCCGGUGCUGCAGACAAUCGAGUGCGUCACUGUUGUCAUAUGACGGCAAGAGAAAAACAGCUGUUAUAACCUCUGUUAUAAUUCCAAUUGAUGACAGAUUUACGAUUUCCUAAAAAAAGAAGCUCAUUAGAUUUAGCAAUAUGCAGGAACAAGAUAUUCCAAUUGACAUUAAUACUGGCAAGUUAUUGGACUGGUUGAUUAACCGAAGGCAUUGCAAAAAAGACUGGCAUACAAAUGUCUGGACCAUCAGGGAAAAAAUUAAUAAUGCAAUACAGAAUAUGCCUGCCCAUGAUGGCAUUGCAUCAUUGUUAUUUGGCGCUUAUAUAAAUUAUUUUUAUUGUGUCAAAAUUGUAGAAAUUUUGAAGGAAACGGAAGCAGACACAAAAAAUUUAUUUGGUCGUUAUGGUUCGCAAAGAAUGAAAGAUUGGCAAGAGAUUUUACGAUUGUAUGAAAGAGAUAAUAUAUAUCUUGCUGAAGCUGCACAAAUGCUCAUAAGAAAUGUCAAUUAUGAGGUCCCCAGUAUUAAGAAACAGAUACAAAAAUUAGAACAAUCUCUGAUUGAUUUCGAAAAGAAGGAGGCAGAGUAUAAAAAGUCAGAAAAUAUUGCACAUACAGAAUAUAAUACAUUGUGCAAACAAUUAGGUAUAACUGGCUACAGCACAGUUAGACAUGAACUGAUGGAAAAAGUCAAAGAACUGCCAGAAAUUUACCAGAGAGUAGCAGAAAAGACAACGAGUUUAAACAAAGUUGUCGAAUUUUAUAGUGCAUUUGUAGAGUUUACUUUCGGCCAGCAGUAUGACAGUAAUUGUGUAUCUAUAAUUAAAUAUGUAAUCGAGAAAGGAGACACAACAACAUUUGAAUAUACUUACGGAGAAGCACCAGCGUCGAUAAUUGAACCACCUUUAAAUAUUAAAGCUGAUGAAGAUGAAAGUAAUGAAAGAGCUAGUGUAAAUAUUGACAGCAAUACUAUUGAUUUUGGCAACUUAGAUCUAAAUCAAGAAAUUGAUUUCGGCGAAGAAGUUAAUUUGGAUGCAGGAGGCGAUAUUGAUUGGGGAGAUGAAGAUGUAGAACAACCUGCUGCGACGGAAAUAGACUACAAUAUCUCUCUGGAGGAAUCGGGUAUAGUUGUAGAAACAGCGGGUCACGAAGGUGGUGUAGCUACAGGAUCUGACGCAUACACGAUAUUGGACAAUCCAGUAACGAGAUCGGAAUUUAUCAAUCAACUGUUUGAGUUAGAGGCAUUUUUGAAAUUACGUUUAUACGAGUUUAAAGGCGAUGACAGAAACAACCUCCUGAGUUUUAGUCAGAUGCAAAAUGCUUCGCCUAUUCUGCAACUUUCCACCACAGAGACCACUCAGAAUAUGCUGGACAAUGUUCAAAUUGUCCUUUCAGAGAUAUUACAUAGCAAUGUACAGCAUUUGCAUAAUAUCAAACAUUAUUCAAGGUAUGUGGAUGUAGUGACAGCCACUUUAAAGCAAAAAUUAAACCUGAUUGAUAGAAUGGUAACCCAACAAAAAUCCAUGCGACAAAAGCAAGAAGAUGCGCAGAACCAAAUCGAUAAAUUGCGUCCACUAUUAAAACUUGUUAUACAAAGAACUAAAGAGUUGCAAACAGAGAUAGAGCAAGACAUUUCCAAGAGAUACAAAAACAGAAUGGUACAUUUGACUGGAGGUGUAAAUACAUUGUAAAUGACAAGAAACGGAAUUGUUGAAUUAAUGUUCAAUGUAAGUAAUUUUUAAAUUAAAGCAACACAUGCGCGAAAAUAAAUCGAUUUUGCUAAUAUAGAAUAUAUCACAUAAUUUUUUUAUAAU